CUGAGCUCCACGUUCCACUUUCCCUGCUCAGUAUAUUUGCUAGGAGAAGGACUUCUUCCUGUCAUGGCUAAUGGGAAGGCCUUAAAUCAUGAACUUUCUAAACUUUUCAAUGAGAUGUGGGAUAUGGAUGUUAACCGCCUUAUGCCUGGGAAAGACUACACAAUUGAUUUGCAGGGAAAAGCUGGUGCCACACAGCAAGGUGCCAGUGCCAUCCAAGACAGCGCAGCCAGACACCUCUUCCAUAAUGUGAAUGAAGAACGCCUUAAAAGCAUAAAAACUUUUGCAACCUUUAUUUCCUUAUUGGACAACUAUGAGACAUCAACUGGUACAGAAGAAGUAGUGACUCCAGAAGAAAUAGUUGAAAACAACUGUUUUCUUGAUGCUGUCUUAGCAACAGAAGUCAUGAAACUGGCUCAUGAAUAUCUGCUUAAAAAAAACCUAGCAAAGCCAAACCUUGCUGAUUUCAAAACUCAGCUCUAUGACAUCUGGUUCCAGCUGUAUGCCAGGAAAGAAGGAGACAGACCUGAUUCUUGUGGUUUUGAACAUGUUUUUGUGGGAGAAACAAGGCGUGGUAAACAGAUCUUAGGUUUGCACAACUGGGUGCAAUUUUACCUUCAGGAAAAGCAAAACCAAAUUGACUACAAGGGAUAUGUCGCUCAGAAGAACAAAACCAGGCCUGACAAGGAUGACCAAGUUUUGAGCAUCCAGUUCACCUGGAAGGGCUCGGUCAAGCCAAUUGGAAGCACCUUUAUUGGUGUCAGCCCAGAGUUUGAAUUUGCCCUUUACACCGUAAUUUUCCUGCUGGCUAAAGAAAGAGUCACACGUGAAACAGUGAAGAUAGAAGAGUAUGAGCUACAGAUUGUUGUUUACCGCCAUGGACGCCACAUUGGAACAGCAUAUCCAGUAAUCCUCAGCACCAGCAGUGAGGACUAGUAGUUACAGUCAUCAAGCAAGAUUUCUUCUUUUUUUCCUCUUUUUUUUCUAGUAUGUCAGUGUGUUGUUUAUAAAACCCAUUCUGAGUAAAAAUUCAUGACUAACUCACUUUUGGUCUGCAAUAGUGUACCUUGGCUUAGUGUCUGACCAACACUGAAACUUAACUGCUGCUCUUAUUAAAGACUGGCUCAAACUUACAUCAGCCUUCCCAGGUGCAUGAUAACACUAUACUUUUCAGCAGAUAAUGGAAUUUAGGAAAAGGCUAUAU